AGUUCCUAAGACAAUGAAACGAUGUAGGCUAAUAGAAUGAAGGGAGAAUAGUCUAACACAACCCCUUAGCCUACAGAGUGCCAUAAGUCUUGGGAAGGGGAGGAGAAGCAACCCCUGAAUCAGGUAGUCCCCUGUGAGGGAGGGGCAAGACCCAGAAGGCGAAGGAGAGCCGCAUGGGGACGACGAGGGAGGGCCUUGGUGAAGAUGUCGGCAAGGUUGGCUGAAGAGUCAAUCUUGCGCACGGUGAGGUGUCCAGCCUGGACGAGCUCACGAACGAAGUAGUGUCGGAGCUCGAUGUGUUUGGAGCGACCAUGGAAAACGGCUUCCUUUGUGAGGUGGAUAGUACUGGCAUUGUCGCACCAGAUGGUGGGACAGGGCUGGGGAGCAUCCAGCUCAGCGAGGAGGAAGCUGAGCCACUGCGCCUCCUGGGCCGCCAUGGUGAUGGCGUAGAGCUCUGCUUCGCAGGAGGAGAGAGCGAUCGAGGAGGAGCGGGUGGAGCGCCAGGAAAUGAGGCCGCUCCCGAGGGAGAAACCAUACCCCUGUGAGCUGCGACGAUCGGGCUGAGAAUCUGCCCAAGAGGAGUCGCUGUAGCCAGUGAGCUGAGGAGGGGUGGGGCCGCCCAAGGUGAGGACAUAGUCCUUGGUGCCUUUGAUGUAGCGGAGAACGCGCUUGGCAGCUUGCCAGUGCUCGGGAGUGUGUUUGCCAGCGCCGACAAAGCGCGCCAGGACACUGAUAGGGUAGGCGAGGUCGGGGCGAGUGCACAUCAUGGCGUACAUCAGGGACCCGACCAGCUCAGCGUAAGGACUGGUGGAGGAACCGUGGGUGGUUGUCGGCGAGAGCUGGUGGCCGACUUGGAGGGGUGUGGAGACGGGUUUGGCCGUGGCCAUCUCGAGGUAGAAUGCCUGAGAGAGGGAGAUGGUCCUGGCCGUACGAUCGCGAGAAAUCUCCAUCCCGAGGUAGUUGCGGACCUCCCCCAGGUCCUUGCAGAGGAGGCGCUUCUGCAGCUCAUCCUUGACCUGUUGUAGGUCUGCUUCGUUGUCAGCAGCAAGAAGCAUGUCGUCGACGUAGACGAGGAUAUAGAAGGGGGAGGGGGAGGUGCGCAGGAAGAGGCAGGAGGAAGCCUGGGAAGGGCGAAAACCAAGAGCACGGAGAGUGCUCGAGAGCUUGGCAUGCCAUUCCCGAGGAGCUUGCUUGAGGCCGUAGACCGGGCGGCGAAGUUCCCAAACAGUGUUGGGAGGGAAAGGGAGGUGCCAGCCCUCGGGACGCUCCAUGAAGAUGCGCUCAUGGAGUUCACCUUGGAGAAAUGCCGUGGUGACAUCCAUCGAGUGCAGGAUCAUGCCGCGCCGGCCAACGAAGUCCAAGAACACGCGGACGACAGGGGGAGUGGCGGUCGGCGAGGAGGAGCUUGACCCGAAAUACCCAUUUGCCUUUGACCACGUUGUGGUUGAGAGGGCGGGGUACGUCGAUGAAGGUGCCGUUGCGGACAAAGGCCUCGUUCUCUUUGAGGACUGCCUUGCCCCAAUGAGGGUGGUCGGGGCAUGUCAUAGCUUCGUGAUAAUCUCCCGGCUCGAAGAUGAUGGGCGCACCGGAGAAGACCAGUACUGGAGCGCCGGUCAUGCUGAAGGCGACUGUUUGGGUGUUGGAGAAGAGGUGGAGGCGAAGAAAUUCACCAUGGGAGUCUUCGAUGAGGAGGGGAGAGAAAGGAGGAGGAAGGGAGGGUGGUGUUGCAAGUCUGCUGCGCUGCUGAGGGGGGAGGCUGCGACACUGCGACUCUGCGACUCGGCUGCACGGCUGCUUGACCGGGGCAACUGCUGCGGCGGAUCCUGACGCUGCGGGUGCGGCGACCGGGGCAGGCA